AUGGCCCAACGACGGCGCCGGGCCGCCGGGCAGGGCGUCAGCGAGGUUGGGCACAUGCGGACGCCCACAGCACCGCCGGCGCCAUUCUACGACUGGGCGUCGUCGGAUGAGAGGCGAGCCUUCCACUUCUUCCAGCACGUCACGGCGCCCUGUCUGUCUGGCGACCUCGACAGCGCCUUCUGGCGCGUGCUGGUUCUACAGAUAUCCCAAUCCGAGCCGGCCGUUAAGCACGCCAUUCUCGCCGUCAGCAGCCUGCACGAGAGCAUGAUACAGGCCGCCACGAUGACUCCCUACCUCAGUUCGGAAGAUCGGAGCUCCUUCGCCCUGUAUCAGUACAACCGGGCUAUCGCCUGCCUGUUGGACCAGAUGCGCACCGUCGAUGCGCGGCCGCUGGUUCCCCUCCUGACAUGUGUUCUCUUUGUAUGCAUCGAGUUCAUGCAGAGCAAGGACAGGCCGUCGCUCCUCCAUCUCACACAGGGCGGCCAGAUUUUGAGCCAGCUUGCCCGUAAGGCAUCGACGCCGAAUCCUGAGAUCGACCUCAUCAAACAGCACCUGGUGCCCAUGUACACAAGACUGAGCCUCACGUUGCUCAUGUUCAGCGGCGAAGCUGCCGCGAUACCGACGCCUCUCAAGACCUUGACCGAGGUGCCCGUGGUAUUUGAGACGAUAGACGAGGUUAGAUACGUACUCUAUGACUUUAUGCACGAGUGUCUUCGGUUCGCCAAGAAGACGCACGCAGCCAAGAUUGUUGAGAUUCCCGACGAGCAACUGCGGGAAUUCGAGGAUGAACGGGAUCGCCUCCUGAGGAAGCUUGCCAAGUUCAACGUCGCCUUCUCGCUGUACCGGUCAACAAGAUGUCGGGAUCCGCCAGCCGGUUCAAUUGCCUUGAUCCAGAUCCACGUCCACACGACCUACAUCUGGGUCUCCACAGCGCUCAGCAAGCACGAGACAGUCUUUGACGAUUUCGUCGACACCUUCUCAGCCAUCAUCCCGCUGGCCAAAGAUUUCCUUGACUCCUUCGCACCUCAUCCCACAAAUCAGGGGGAAACCGCAGCGCCUGGGCCGCCAACAGCCGACACGCGCCGGUUCAGCGCCAUGUUCACUUUUGACAUGCACAUCAUCGCGCCGCUCUACUUCGUGGCCGCCAAGUGUAGACACCCGAUUGUCCGACGCGCCGCACUCGACCUCCUCCGACGGAACCCGACGCGGCGUGAGAACAUGUGGCGGGCUGACGUUUGGGCCGACAUUGCAGACCGGACGAUGCGGCUCGAGGAGAAGCAUCUGCGGCAUACAAGCAGUCAGCAAAUAUCUCGACGCCCCUCGCCUCCCGAGCUGCCGGCGCUCCUACCCCUCUCUUCCAGCCAAAGUGAAGUGCCAUGGGCUGCCAGCCUGUCAAAUGCACUUUUUCCAGAGACAUUCAACUCAUUUGGUCAUGGGGCACCCUUCGGAGGGACACCCUUCGGCAGCUUUGACACUGCGCAGGCGCCGGUGACGUCCUCCGGCUCCUCGCCCUCGACUACCGGGAGUGCGGCAGACCUGGCAAGCGUAGGCGACCUCGCAGGGCACAUGCCGAUCGACCCGACGCUGUUGUUCGAUCCGACCGAAGGGUCGACCGCUCAUUCUUUCAGCAUCGCACCUUCCACCGCGUCCUCGAUCGACGACCACGGUGCCCCGGCCACCGCAUCGACCCCUUAUAUUGGCACGUCUACCGAGGAGCCAACCGAACCAUGGGACCUCGGUACCUCUUCGCAGCUACCGCCGGGCAUCGCGCUAGAACCGCCCACGCCGUUGGAGGAUAACCCGUUCGCCAUGCCGUUGCCAUCCAAUCCACGCUCCCAGCCCCAUUCGCGGUCCCACUCGCGGCAGCCGUCGCUGUCACGGAAAGCACCCUCCUCGAUGGGAUCUGACCGGUCUCCGCCGCUUCACCGAGCGGAGAUGGAUAUGAGGCAGAGGCUAGCGAUGCACAUGCCUACUUUCCAGCCUUUCUCGGGCCUAAGUCUGGGCCAGCUAAGUCCUACGACGGGGGAGCGCAGCGCAGACGCGCCGUUUGACGUGCCUGAGAGGUUUCGAGUGCAUGCGCGACCGUGCGCCAACCUUGGGCAAGGACGUACAGUUUCCUCGGGACAAGCCCGUGCUGGUCGUUUUCCUCAGGCACUGCGGUUGCCCGUGAUUGUUGAAGUAGGAGGCGAGUGGGACGUCCAGGUGAUCGUCGACACAUCCAGGCAGCUCUACCAUGCCUGGGGGCUGGGGACGGGUUCGUAUUGGUACGCCUUGAAUCCGCUGGCGAUGUGGCAUACCUGGAAGCUUGGAACUGAGGAGGGGAUCUGGAACCGGAACGCAGAAAGCGGUAGCAAGUGGCAGAUCGGGGGAGCAUAUGCCGUUGAUGCGGGCGGGUUUGUGCGGUGGGCCAAGCCGGCGGCGAGUGCGGAUGAGGUGCCGGAUUUCAAGGGGGCCUUGAAGGCGUUGGAGGGGCAUUGGGGGAUGGCGUAG